ACGACAGUUUGUGCAUUUGUGCUAUCUACUAUGGUAAUGUGUGAUUUCUUUCGUUCGUUGUAAUGUGAUAUAAAACGCUAAACAUAUAAAAUCCGUGUGCUAGAUGGACAAACAAAAAGUUGUGCAAUCUAAAUCAAACAUUUAUUGGAGGAAACAUCGUUCUGACGCUUAACAAAGACGCCAAACGUGCAGAGAUGGAGGAGAAUUCUGAGGUUCAAGUGGGGACUGACGUGUCUUCGACCACUAUUGAGGUGCCUGGCACUGUGCAGGUGCCAGGAAUACAUAGCAAUGUUGAGACAACAAUUUAUGUUGAAGAGAUCAAAGAAGAACAUAUUAACAGAAAUGUUUCUGCAGAGGCUUCACCAACAAGGCCCAACCCGGCGCAAGUAGCUGUGAUAAGUCCCAAAGUUCCCUCAGAACAGGGUUGGCCCAAGAAAUUUAUUAUCUCUCCAACUAAGGUAAUUCAGUUAACUCACAAUGAUAAGCAAAGCACACCAAUCAAUUCCAAGAUCUCUCCUACUAAGGGAGUUGAGUUAACUCACAAUGAAAAGCAGAGCAGAGCAACCAAUUCAAAGGAGGUAAGUUGUAUAUCAUCAGGGUCAGCCCCGGAGAACAAGACUCCCACAAAGACUGAGUGCAUGCAGACAACAUCAACAAAAUCGGAGCAGGUUCUAAGAAAACCACCAAUCUUGGUGCGUUUGCGAAGGCCAUCUACAAAAUUGGAGCAUGUGCAAAAGAUAGUCUUAAAAUCUGACCAGGUGCCAAGUACCCCAAAUAAGUCACAGGUGGUACAAACUACACCUAUGUUGGAGACUUUGCAAAAAGUGCCUCCUAUAAAUGAGCAGAUGCCUACAAAGAUUUCUCAGUUAGAAAAAAAUCUAAAGCAGUCAGACUUGUUGGCACAACAAACAUCAAAGAUAGAUCAGAUAUCAAAAACACCUCCUAAAGAGCUGGUGCAAAAAACCCCACCAAAAGAGCAGGUGCAAAAAACACUUUCAGAACAGGUUGACAAGAAAUUGGAUCAAUUUAAGAAAUAUUUAGGGCUGAAGUCAGCUUCUAAUUCAGAUCACCUACUUAAAAGACCAACUAAGUCUGAGCAGGCGCAAAAAAUAUCAGCUAUAUUAGAGGUGAAUAAUAAGUUAGAUCAGGUGAAAAACACUCUGCAGUUAACAACAACAGAUAUUACUAUGUCUAAUCCUCGAGAGAAGCAAGUAUCUAAAGAUGCAAUAGAUACUGAAGUGAACAAUGCUUUAGUUAAGACCACAGAUGUGCCUGAAACAAUUGUAAUACAAAAUUCAAUAAAAGAAACAAAACAAACUGAGGAGUUGGCCAAAAAACAAGAAUUAUCUAAGGAAACUCUUGGGAAACCUGAUCCAGUCAGUAAAUCUGACCACCAUUCCAACAAAUCAAACAAAACAUCAAUUCAGGAUGUGCCAGACCAACAAACAUCAAAUAAGGAUUGUUUUGAUAAGGCAAUCAUUAAGGAAUUCUCUGACAAAGUAAAGGGAGAUAAAAAUAAUGACAAGAAAUUAGCUGUUUGCAAUACUUCAAUUGAUAUUUGUCAAAAAUUGACUGAAACUCAAGUAGAAAUUAACUCUGAUGUAACUGAAAAAGACCAUAAUAAGAGCAUAAGCAGGGAACUCAAAUCCCUUAUUAAGUCAGCCAAAGAGUCUAAGAUUAUUAGUGAAUGUACACAGCUUACAAGUAAAACCAGGAAGUCCAGAACUGCUGUAGACAGUAAUAACACAAGCUUAAAUACUUCUGUGGAUCCAGACAAAGUACAAAAUGUAAGACGUAGCAGUAUCAACUCCCAAGAAAGUAACUGCAGUGAGAAGUCUGAGAAGGCUCCCAUAAAAAGGUCAAUGAGGUCCCAAAACCCAGAAUUUGUCAAUAAAGUAAAACUAUUUUUAAACUCUGUAACAGGAAAGGGUCAGAAGGGGGAUGAGGAAGAUGAAUUGGAUGAGUGUAGAAAAGAAAUCCACAGUGGAAAUUCAUCCCCGUUACCCAAAAAAAAGAAACUGUUAGACAGUCAAAAGCCAGAAGCAACUCCAGAGCAAAGUCAGAGGUUGCGUUCAGACCUUUUCUGCUGGCGGUGUCACUGGGUUGCUGAACAAGCUGCCAAUGAAAAGGGCCAUCCUCCAUUGCUAUGCACAGUGUGUCCAAGAUCUUUCCACUACAAAUGUCUGUCAGGCACUGAACGUAAUAAAAUAACUAAUGAAAGAACCUGGAUCUGUCCGGAGUGCUUGGUUGUGCUGCAUGCAGAAAGCUCAGAGACUAGAUCUCUAGCUAUGAAGAAGAUUUCCCUAGGGCAUUUAUGUGAGCUGUUAAAAUAUGCUUUGGAGCGCAUGAUGGAUCUCAAUGGGGUGGAGCCAUUCAUGGUUCCCGUAGACACAGUUGCCUUCCCUGAUUACGAGAAGUACGUGGUGCAUCCAAUGGACCUGUCUCUGAUGAAGAAGAACAUAAUAGACGGCCUCUAUGGCAGCACGGAGGCGUUUCUCGCGGACGCACAGUGGAUCCUACACAACAGCAUUAUAUUUAACACAUGUAUGAUGCAAUCGAAACUGACCGGUGCGGCCCGAGCGCUGGUGCGUUCUUGUCGCGCCGAGAUGGGUGAAAUAGAAGCCUGUCCGGAAUGUUACUCGGCAGCCCACGCCCGGCGCCCCACUUGGUUCACCGACGUGUGUUCCACACCACACAUGCUACUGUGGGCUAAACUUAAAGGUUUCCCAUACUGGCCGGCGAAAGGCAUGUCUGUCAACAGUCAGGGAUUGGUGGACGUGAGGUUUUUCGGCGCCCACGACCGCGCAUGGGUUCCCGCGAGAGAUUGCUUCCUGUACUGCGAAAAGGAUCCGAACAAUUUCAAAGCCAAGCGUCAGGAUAUACUGGAAAGCAUGCAUGAGGCAGAAGAUCAUAUUCGUAACAUAACCCAAAAGUAUGGGAAGUUCGUUUAUGCAGCAUUUAAGACACACCUCGAUCCAACCAAGUUAGGUGAACAGCUUAAAAUGAUGAUCCCUGCAUUUGAUGGCGAAGUGAGGACACUAAAAGAAAAAACAGCGAGUGCAUCACCAAAUGCUGUUAAAAACAAAAGUCGAUCAAAUUCAAAAAGUUCAAAAAGUUCCGUUAAUGAAAGUGACGUCAGCGAAAGUGAGGAUGCGAAAACAAUUAUUACACCUCGAAAGAUGGCGGAUGGUGCGGAAAUUGCUCGAGAGAAAGAUUACCUUUCAAUUGACAAAAAUUCUACAAUGGAGGUUGAUGAAUACGUUUUAUCUAAAAAAGAAAAAGAGACUCUCAGAAAACGACGUAGGUCAGGUCUCGUAGAGGCUGUCAUAACAAUAAUGGAUACGAGCACCAAUGAAAAAAGAAAAAAAAUCGAAGACGAAAAAGUUGAAAACGACAAGAAAACUGAAAUUGGAGUAGAAAGUACCCAAAAGACUGAAGAAAGUUUAAAAUAUAAUAACAAAACCGAUAAAACUGCUGAGAAAGUUAAUGAUAAGGAUGUUCCAAUUCCAACACCUGCGAGUACCAAGGAUGAAGAGAAAGUACCAAUUAAUAAUGUCGAGAAGCAACAAAUUGUUACUACAACGCCGAUUAAGGCUGUACCAAAAGUGAGACCGACCAAAACCAGCACACCAAAAGAAAAAGAAGAAAGAGCUAUAACCCCGAAACAAAAAUCCGUAAAAUCAGACAAAAAUGAAAAGGACAAGCACCAUGACAAAUCCAAAUCACAAAAACGAAGUUCAAGGAAUAAAUCGCUUAAUUGCAGCCAAGUUGAAAAGGUAGACAAGAAUGCUGAAACGAAAAGCGAUAAAGGAAAUUUAUCUGAUAAUACAAAAGAUAAAGUUAAGGAGACUAUCAUCAUUCCUUCUAAAUAUAAAGAAGGUGAAGCUGCGAAGCCUAUUGAAAAAGCAGAUAAACCCAAUAAUAAUGCUACAGAUAAUUCGACACCUGUUAUGGAACAAAUGCAGCUUGAUGAAAAUAUAUCCUUAGCUGUGCUAGCUAGGGAUUCUCCUAAGCAAGAUGUUUCAGGUCUUCCAACAAUAACUAGCGUGCGUAGUCUUUCAACGGCACCUCAAAGUACUAGCACAACCACUAAUACCACUGCACGUCCAAGUCCAAAUACAAUUGAAAUAACCAUAGCAGCGAGUAAUGCAUCGAAUGUUUUUACGCCGUCUAGCUCAGAAAACGUUCGUAACAUGGAAGCGGUAGAAAUACUGCAGAAUUUGAGAACUGACUCUGACAAACCUGUAGUGGGCAGGGUCGGUGUGAGGUCGUUUGCUAGAAUGACGUCACCACCAGCACCGCCACCACCACAACCAGAAAUUGACAUGCAAGAGGAAGUCGUAGAAGUAGAGGUCAAAAACGAACCAGUAGAUUUUGACGAUGCGGAUCGGCAAGUGGAAAAACUUGAUUUGAUGAAAUCCUUUCACUUGCGGCCGGUGAAUCCGCCCGCAUUGGUCAACUUACGUGAUGUGAGAAUAAAUAAAGUGGUCGCUACGCCCGUAAUCCAAAAACCUGUUGCGAAAACAACAGACGUGCGAGCCAGGGCUAGGAAAACGUUCCCUCAGCCUAGGAAGGACGGCAGUGAUAGUCGAUCUGAGUUAAAUGGAAAAAAUUCCAUGGUAUAUAUCCCGAUAAAGCCUCCGACUACUCAGGCGCCGGCACAAAGGCCGACCCGUCCUAUUACUAUUAACGGGAAUGUGAACACCCAGACAGUAAGACCUCAAGCACCAACAACAAUACCGAAAAGUGUUGUUAAUACCCUUACAACACCACAUGUAACCUUACCUAUGAAUUCUCUGUCAAACUCCGCAUCGAAGGCUCCGACAACGUUUGUAACCAACACUCACAGUACCCCGACAUGUGUGCCCACCGCUGGACAGAUUCCCAAUCUUGGUCAAGGGCCCACUAUUGGGCAAGUUCCCAACACGGUGCACACUGUGCCCUUGCUUACAUCUGUGAACGGACAGUGGACUUUCAGCUUACAACCUAUGAUGUCAGUUGGUGGUGAUGGUCCGGGCUCACAACCAGUUUUGAACGGAUUACCUGAUCGCAACCCGCAAUUCAUACCCGUACCGCCAUGCAACCCGCUCUCUAUGCUUUCGUCUACGCAAUUAUUAUCAAACAAUAGUAAUAGUUGCAGCGGUAAUUCUAAUAAUAAUAAUAAUAAUCAUGGUGAAAAUACACCAGUGGAGAUGCCACGCCUGCAACAGCGUCCUUCAUUAGUAAACCCGUUCGAUCCGAACGCGCCCGCCGGUACUGUUCCCAUACCUUCAAGUGCUGGACCGCUUACCGCCAAACUCAGCCAGAACGCUGUAAAGUUAGCGGAUUUCUUCAGAAAUCUGUUGGAGGAUUCGUUGGAGAAGAUAGAUGACCCCACGUCGCAGGCGACGCUACUGAAGGUGCAGCUUGAACAGGCCAAGUGGAAGCACCAACAAGAGGUCAACGAAAUGAAGCAUACACACGAAUUAUUAAUAACGGAGAUGCGAGUAGCCUUUGAGAAAGAAAAGGCGCGCACAGUCAGCGAAAUGCGGCGAGUGGCGCAAGUGGAACUCGAGGCGGCUGUAAAAUCGGCUAAAACUAAACAGUGGUGCGCGAACUGCAAUCAAGAAGCUCAGUUCUACUGCUGUUGGAACACGUCGUACUGCGACUACUCGUGCCAGAGGUCGCACUGGACACACCACUUCGCCACUUGCACGCAACAGAAGAAUGCCGAUAAUAAUCCCAACGAGAAUGGAAGCCUUCUAGAUAGAAGGCUGCAACCCGCCUCUGACAAUCUCCCAGUGUUGCAGAAGAGCUCGUCAGCGCCGGCGGUCGCUGUCGGCUCAAAGAUCACACCCACCAGAGUCUAUGCGCAGGCGCAGGACGGGCAUCCGCAGAAAACUUCCAUCAUAGUGAGUAUGGUGGAGGAUCCUAGCGGGAACCCAAUGGUGAAGUGCGUUGGUACCUACAAGUCACCUGGCACUCAGCAAGUCUCGCCGCUUCUGAUAAACAAACAAAUUUUGAACGACGAGAACGCAGCCAAGAAAGUGAUGACGACUGGCGGUUAUCUUAUCGUAGGAGCAGGUAACAAUGCUCCCCUGACAACAACUAGGCGCAACCUUCCUGUACAGUUUGCGUAUAACACGUGAGAAACAUUGACAAGCAGCAGUGAACUCUUUGCUGUCACGUUCAAGGAAAAUUGACUCUAUACAGUUAUUAUAAGAAACAGCAUAGUUGUAAACGCGACGUAGCUAUAACAGUCAAGUGAAUUGUUGUCAGAAAGGUGAAAGUGAAGUCAGAAUAUAGUACUGAGCAUAGUCUGUAUGACUGAUGUGCAAGUGUUUUAUUUUCCAAAAAAUCUUUAAUUUUUUUAUAUUUAAAAAAAAUUUAACACAUUACAUAUAAUAUACUAAAUAAGUUUAAAGAUAAGUUGGAAAAUUUAUCUUAAGAUUUCUGGGUGUUAAAGUGAGAAAAAUAAAUACAUAAGUAAUAUGAGAACUGAAUCACUUAAAUUAUGCAUAGUGUCAAAAAUUGUAAGAUAAAACACUUUUUGUGAUGUUCAGGAUCGGAGAAGUUUUGCUUAGCAAUUUAAAGUGCAUGGUUUAACACAGAAAUAUGUACUAAAGAGAAAAUUAUGGUCAAGUGACAAAACAAGUGCAUAUUUUCACGUAUAUUUAGCCCUUUAUGCUUGGGUAAGUAGGAUCUGAGAAAAUAUAAUAACUUACAACGUAGCAAAGUAAAUUAAACAUAAAAAUCAUGUUCAUACGAUCACUUGCCCAUAGUGCAUUAUAUGUAACUAAGUGAGCACCAAACUUAAAUAGUGCCAACUUUAAUUGUGUUAAAAAUGUAUAGUAACUUUAGUGGAAUUAUAAUGCCCAGUUGGUAUAACUAUCACAGGUCCUAAGUUUGAUUCCAAGGUCAUGAUUGUCAGUAGCAAAGUGUUUUGUGUAAUGGAAUUAUCAAUAUGACCCCUUAAUAAGGAAAUUUGAUACGUUCUAACACAAUUCCUUAACAUGUCAACUUUAUCUGAAUUGUUGUCGCUGACAUGUGAUAAUAAUCAUCAGAGCUCAUCUUCAUUAGGAACAGUGUUGCAAUAUUAUAGCUAUUAAUAAUUUGCUGAAGCAAUAAUAGAACCGAUAUUUGUAUGUAUUUAAGAAUUGUACAUUUAAGUUUAUUUAUAUUUACAUAAGAAAAAAUAUAAAUGUGAUGUUCGGAACCCCAUGCUUUUUACAUUUAAGUACCUAUAUUAAUAAUAAAAGAUCUAUCUCUCCAAUGAGAAAGAAGGAAAAUUGAUGAUGCACAUCAACAUUAGACUAGAGAUUUCAAAACUUGUCCAAUUAUAUGUGGUAAUGUAUGCAAAAAAAUACUUGGGUUAAUCUAUUAUGUGAAUGAGUAGCGAGCAAUGCAAAGUUAUACAUGAAAAAAAGCGCGUUGAAGCAUUUAAUUUUAUAAUUCAUGUUUACCCUUUGGUUGUAAAUUUAAUUAUCUUUGUUAGUUAGUCAAAAUUACAUUUUAGAAAUAUGAUUGUGAUCCAAAUAUAUUAAUACUAAUAAAUAUUACUACAUUAUGUAGCUUAAUUUUUUUUGUACAUAUUCCUCUGUAUAAUAAGUUUUUGAUUGAAAUUUUUUAAUUUCAGUUGCCAGCUAUAAUAUAAAAUAACAGAUAUUGUGCAAGUAUGUUGCUUCUACCGCUACAAUUGUAGCCAUCGAUUUUUUAAAUUGUCUGCUUUAAAAGCAUUGCUAUAGACUUAAAACACUUUAGCGACCGAACACUUACUCAACUUGAAUUGAAAAUGUUAGCCUAUAUCAUGUAAUAUAAAGUUUCAUUUUAAUUGUAUGACAUGUAGAAUAGUGCUAGAUUUGUUAAAUACUACUGUCUCAAUAUUAUUGAAAAGUUUGCUUUAUGUCACAUAACGUUAAGCUUACAUUACAAUUGUCCAAUUUUAGCAGAGUCUGAAUUCAGAGAUAAUGUCUAAAUAACUGAAUAGUUUACACUGUAAAAUAAGCAUAAUCCGAAUUUCCAGCUCUAUUACAUCUCAAUAAAAAUAUGCUUGUACAAUUGCUUGUGUCUUAUUGCAAUAAAAAUGGCGUUAUAUGUAUUAAUUGGCUGAUAGUUAAGAGUCUUUUAUUGAUAGAUUAAUGUGUAUAAAUCUUGUUAUAAUGUUCAAAAGUUCAAUAAAUGUGGACAUAUUAUGACAGAACUGUGAAUAAGUUCGUAUUUUCAUAUAAAUAAACCUAUAUUAAGACUGGUAUUUCUAAGUUGGUAUUAUGAUGUGUUUAAAAGAUGUCAGCUGGGUUCAUAAGAAAUUGCUUAGGAUAAAGAUAGAGAUAGAGAAUAGAAUAGAGAAAACUGGAAAUUUUAUUUUAAUCAAACAUUAGUUACUGUUUUGUAAUUAAAUAUGCACUAGCCAUUCUUCUUUUUCAAAUGCUUCCCCCGAAUUGUAUAAAUUCUGUGGCAGUUGCUAAUCAGAAGCAACAUAUUCAUUCAUCUUAAUCACUAAGAUAUCUUCAACUCAUCCUGUGCCGGUGUUACAGCGGACUUUUUCCCGCCCGAUUCGCAACUUUCUAUACUCCGAGAAGUUGCUAAGUAUGUUUCAAAAUAGCAACGAUGUUUUCAUUAUUUCUUAUUUUUUUGAAAACGCACUUUACUCUUAAAGUAAUAAAGCAUUUUGGGAUACGAAGAAAAAAAGGACCAUGUUGGUGUCUAUAAUAAUGCACAUUCUAUGGAGGUCGCUAUAAUUCUUGAUACAUAGUGGAACAGUUUAAAUAUAAAAUCUUUUUUUAUGUCAAAAGUAUCUACAAAUAAUGUGCGACAAUACCACGUAAGGUUGCACACACCGAUAUAUAAAUGUAAAUAUUUUAUAUAUUAUAUUAUCCAAGUCUUAUAAAAGUAGCUUUCGUUCUAAUUUAUUAUUACUAUUUUUUAGCAAUGAUAGUGGAAUAACAUACAUUGAAUGUCUAUGUAAAAUAUAAGGAUUUGUAGACUUCAAAAAGUUUUGUAGGUUGCUUAUAAUUUUGUAAAUAAGUGUUAAAAUAUUUUUACCCUCCUAGCUAGCUUAUAGGUAUUUUAGGAAUUUUGCUGUCUGGUUAACUUCAUUUUUAUGUCAAGUAGGUCACCAAACGGCCUAUCACUACUAUACUAUUUUUAUCAUAGCAACUAUUAUAUAGGUAAUUAUUAAUUAUUUUAACAGCUAAGCUCAAUAUAUCUACUUCCACUGUCUGUUUUCAAAUAACCGAUAAAAAUAUAUGCUUGAAGUUGCAUUAUAAAUAAACAGUUUAAAAGUUAUACUGAUAAAUGUAGAUCGAUGUAGUAGGUAGGAUUAUACUUUAAGGAAUUCACUGAAAUUUGAUGAUCAAGUGCAAAUUGUUGUAUUUUAGGUAUCAUGUACAAAAUUGUCAUAAUUUUAAAAAUGAUUACGAAGUAGCAUAAAGCCUAGUGUAUCAUUAGUUUGUCGAAUCGAAUCUCAAUUAAAUUUUGUUUCAUAUUACUACUAUUAAUUUGUGUUAUUGUAAUUGGCAAAUCCUUUGAUUCUUAAUGCGCUAGAUACGUCAUCCCAAAGAUAAGAUACAAAAUGUAGCACAAAAAGUUACCGAUUUUAGUUUUUUACCGAAUUGAUGGUUCUUAUCAUGCGAGUGUUUAUAAUAUUGAAUAUAAAUUGAAAUAUGUAUUUCCUUAGUUAUCAUAUUCCGGCCCUCUUUUGUCACAAACACGAACUCAUUGGCUUUCUCUUUAUAAACUUAUUUUUUUCUGAUACUGGACAGACAUCUAGUAUAUUAUUGAUCGAAAGGCAAAGCGCUUAGUGUAAACUAUAUGAGAAUAUUUUGGCAAAUAUAUGAGACUUUAUAAAUGGGAUUCGAUUCGAAGACUUAAUAGACAAUGGUUUUCAUAUUUUUAUGUGUUGAGUUCUGGAGGCAUGUCGCUUCUAGCAAGUAAGAUACGAAAUGUUUUUGUUUCAAUAAAAGAAUGUCGGUGUAA